AUGUCGAUGCCUGAAAAUACUUAUGUUUCAAUUCCUGUUCAUUUCAAAACUUUGUGGGAAAAUUUUAGAAGAGACCCAUUUUCGGAUCAAUCAAUUGAUUUUGCUCGAUUAAUUGCAGCAUACUAUCUUGACUUCCCUUUACUUAUUCCAAAAAAUCCAGGCUCACUUCCUUCGCUUUAUGAAUGGCCAAAAUCAUUGUCAGACGUUAAUUUGGAUGAAGCCGUGCUGCUGAAGCGAGUUGACAUUGCAAAAACAAUAUCGACUAUAUGCGACGAGCGUGCACCACCGGUGCUUUUGUGGGCUUGUGGUCAUCAUAUUGAGGCUAUUUAUUAUUGCGAUCAAUUUCGUGACCUUAAAUCACAAGCAAUGCUACGCUUCUUAGAGGAACAAUUAUCAGGGCUUCAGCUUCUGCAAAUGUUUUGUGAAGGGCGCAUUGAAAUGGCUUUCAACGAACUUGAUAGCUUAGAAGAGAUAACAGAAUAUGGAAGCAUGCAAAAUAUGCAGUUUUCAUGGGGUAAAUUAGCCGAUUCAUUGCUUCAAAUGGAUGCGAUCGCGGAGACACGGGCGGUGAAUUUGCUAAUCGAUCGAAUAUUGACCAAAAUGUGUAAUAUACACGAGAUGAUGCCUUUAUUUGUGGAUGCUAAUAUAUCACUACCGCGUCCGCCUGUCUACAUGUGUACAACUGUUCUCGGUUUCGGCGAAGAGCAGUAUUGCUAUGUCCGUUUAUGGAUUCUUAUCCAAGCUUACAUACGCUUGCUAUGCGACGCCAACAAUCAAAUGAAACAAGCAACUACGAAGUACUACAACUUACUGAAUGGAGGAGAAGAGAACGAUGACGAUAGUUUAUUAGUUAGAUGGAUGAAGGAAGCUGAUCAGAGUGAUUUUGAACAGUUAAAUCAUUUGUUUGACUAUUUAUCUACUUUUCGUUCGCCAUUUGCGCACAUGAAUGAAUUUUGUCCUGAAAAUAUUACUUGUUGGCGAAAUCAUUUACUCAAAGAAGUGAUACUUCAAGAAGGUAUAAGCAGAAAGGAAAUGCAGCAAGAUCUGCAAAUAAAUGCAGUUAGGACAAAGGUGCCAGAGGGGGUAUUGAUAAGAGCGAAAUAUAUAUCACAUUGUUGGUCCUAUCCGACACAUGUUGCUGACGAAGGGUUGUUAGCAAUGAAUCUGAAGUUACGUCCCUCUGAUUUUGUUUAUGGUACCACCCUGAGCACUCCUGCUUCUUUAUUGGAACGCAUGCCGAGAAUAGAAUUUGCACCAAAGAUAUGCCAUCAUUCAUCGUUUGAUAUCCGAUCUUACACUCAACGUCCUUUCACAAUCACGUCACGUUCUUUCCCAAUGGUCACACGCUAUUUGAAAUGCGAGGAUAGAUCAGAUAUUGACAGAAUGGAUUCUUGGAGGAAACUUGAUAGAGCGAUGCAGAAAGUGAAUGUGAUGAUCGAUGAAGUGGAAAAGGAGCUCCGAAGUACCUCAUCAUAUGUGAAGGCUCUGUUGAAUACUGCUAGCUCAAAGGCAUUCGCUGAAAAUGCAACAAACAAUAAUGUGAGUGAUAGGACGUCAUUCUCUGACUUCAGCAGCUUAUCAAGCCAGAAGUUUGAAACAUCACCCGUCACUGAACAGUGCAAGUUCGUCAAUAAUGACCGUUAUUCACUUGAUUCAAAUCGUGAACCCGAAUAUCAUUCAGAAAUAGAAAAGCUGAAUUUCGAUUUGUUGUCCCCUCAACCUACUAUUCAUAAUGCGGCCGUAGUCAAUACUACGUCACCAAACGCUUUCUUAUCAUCUCCAAUUAUAUCAGAUUCACAACAUUUAGUCAACACCCCAUCACCUCUGCCAGUGUGGCUGAAACUGCUACCGAUUAAACAAAAAAAUUUCCUCCUGUCGCUUACCCCAAUGAUCAACGAGACAAAAAAAAUGAGAGAAGAUGGCGGUGUUCCGGAAAUCCAAUUACUGCAAAUGAAGUUAUUAGAGGUGAUGGACGAGGAAAAACAAUUGCCGUCAAGUAAUUUGAAAUUUGAACUCGUUACAACGAUUGCUUCCACUCGACUAUGUGAUUAA